AUAUUCCUUAUGUAUUAAAUUGCGUUAGGAACGUUUAGCAUAUGACACCGGUGUCAUUCAUACAGGGAAAAAUUAUCAAUGACACCGUCUGUCCCGUAUGUUUAUAAUUAGUUCAAUUAAUCUAAAAAUGGAUUUUGUUAUUAUCUCAUGUUAACGUGUAAACGUUAAUAUUUGAGACUAACAUAGUAACCUACAUGUUUCAGAGUCGAUGCCCAAUCACCUUUAUUUUAAAACAUUUCCUUUCAUUACAAACUACGUUACGUUGUGAAGUGAUUGUUCUCUAUUUUGCAAAGGAAAAAGAUUUUAAUGACCAACAAACGGAAUGAAUCUACUUUCUGAAGUUUUCUUGAUUUUCAGUUGGCCUUCGGUUGGGAAGGACGUAUUAUUUAGAUUAGCAUCAUUGUAAACUUAAUUACUCUCCACACUAAACAAACGUAAUUUAUCAAGACUACACACACGCACACAUUUUCUUUCUCUGGCUUUGGUUAGUAUGUUUUUGCUUUAUAGUUGUUCCUAUCAUUCAUUCUGUUACAACAUGUAGUUGUAGAAAUGUCGAUUUUGUCCGAAUGUCUGCUAACAGUUAUUUACGAACUCUCUUCAUUUGUUGUAACCUACAUGAUAACAUCCAUUUACCACAUCCACAUUUCUUAACGUAGAAAUAGAAGUCGUUUUGUUAACAAUGUGUGGUGCCACAUGGAGAAAACUCGGUAUGUAACAGGCAUUCUAGUUGUCAGAUGGCACUGAUGUAGAAUUCUUUACCUCAAGUACAUCAUCAAUAUGUAUUAUAUAUUAUAAAUAAUGGGAAAUAUCAUGUUAACAUAAAUCUAUGAUGAAUUAUUAUAGCGAAAUAUCCCAUUUGCACUUGGAUUAAAUAAUACUGUCUUUCUUACCUGGACUAUUGCCAUAUUUUUGCAUUUGAAUUAAGAUUGGACAUAUUUACAAGGGAGUUUCCAGCAUCUAAAGAUAUCAGCAAAUGUCAUUGUUGAUGGAAAUAUAAUGUUUUGUAGUAAUAUAGAAUUAUUUUAUGAGGAAUAAACUAUCAAAAUGCAGACAAGAAAAAUAUCCAUAUAUUGUGGUGAGAAGAGAAAAUUAGUGGGAAAAUGAAUUAUGUAAGAAAAUUAGGAGAUUCAUGUUUUCCUGAAGAGAUGGCAGAAGAGAUAAGAAAAUAAUUAUUCCAUUGUGCAAUAAAUCUUUUCACAUAACAAUGACUUAACUAUACAAAAACAUAUUCACACAGAAGGGAAACCAUUUCACUGUCAUAUCUGGGGUAAAUUAUUCUCUGCAAAUGAUAAGUUAACUACUCACAAAAAUGUUCAUACUGGAGAGAAACCACAUUGCUGUAAUGUCUGUGGUGAAUCACUCUCUAAAAGGGAAAACUUAACUAUAUAUAAGCAUAGUCAUACAAGAGAGAAGACAUAUCACAGUGAUAUAUAUCUGUGGUAAAGUCUUAUGUUGUGGUAAAACCCUAAUUAUUGACAAACAUUCAUAGAAGUAAGAAGGCAGAUCAUUGUGAUUUGUGUGGUAAAUCAUAUUCUGAAAUGAGUGACUUAAUUAAACACAAACAUAUUCAGACUAGAGAGAUGCCAUAUCAGUGUGUUGUCUGUGGUAAAUCAUUCUCUCAAACAAGUAGCUUAACUACACAUAUACGUAUUCACACAGGAGAGAAACCAUUUCAUUGUGAUAUCUGUGGUAAACUAUUCUCUAGAAACAGUGACUUAACUAAACACAAGCGUAUUCAUACAGGAGAGAAACCUUAUCAUUGUGAUAUCUGUGACAAAUCAUUCUCUCGGAAUGAAAACUUAACUAUACACAAACGCAUUCAUACAGGAGAGGAACCACAUCAGUGUGAUGUCUGUGGUAAAUCAUUCUAUAUAAGUAGCCACUUAAUUGUUCACAAACGUAUUCAUACAGGAGAGAAGCCAUAUCACUGUGAUAUUUGUGCUAAAUCUUUUUCACGUAAAUCUGAAGUAACUAAACACAAACGUAUUCAUACAGGAGAAAAACCAUAUCAGUGUGAUAUCUGCGGUAAAUCUUUCUCUGUAAAUUAUAGGUUAACUACUCACAAAUAUGUUCAUACGGGAGAGAAAUCACAUUGCUGUGAUAUCUGUGGUGAAUCUUUCUUACAUAUUGAAAACUUAACUACACAUAAGCGUACUCACACUGGAGAGAAACCAUUUCACUGUGAUAUCUGUGGUAAGGCCUUCUCCCAAAAGAGUAAUGUAACUAGGCAUAAACGUGUUCAUACAGGAGAGAAGCCAUAUCAGUGUGAUGUUUGUGGUAAAUCUUUCUCUGAAACUAGUCUUAUAAUUAGACACAAACGCAUUCAUACAGGAGAGAAGCCACAUCAGUGUGAUAUAUGUUCUAAAUCAUUCUCUCGAAAAAUUUACUUAGUCAAACAUAUAGCUAUUCAUACUGAUGUGUAGCUUUAUCGCAAUCAAAAUUCAUUUUUUAACAACCAUUUUACCUGAUAAAUCCUUGUGGAUAGUAAUUGUUCUCAUAGUUAACUUGUUAUAGCAGUGUCUUUAACCUUUUAGUAUUCAGAUUCUUCUGUCUAAUUAAAUGCUUAUUUAUUCACAGUUUUGAAUUACACAUUCUCUUUUUAUGUCAAGAUUUCUAUGAUGUGCUUUUUUAUCUUUAGGACGACACUGUAACAUAGGUGUGAGAGGCUGAAUAUGGCAAAUUUGAACGUAAAACAGGUAGAAUAUUUGAGCUGGAUAUGGCCAGUUUAAAUUCUAAAGGCUUAAUUAAGUUUGUGUCCUUAUGGAUAUGUACCCUAAUUAAAACCAGAAUAUGAGCAUUUUCUCAACCUUUAUUCCACGAAAAGAUAUCUUAAAUAACCAUAAAUAUAUUGACCCAGUUACAGGCUAUUUUAGAAAUAACAGCCUCCCAACAUUAUAUAAUAUAUAAAACCACAACUAUAUCUGGAAAUGUGACAUGGUUUAACUGUGAUAUUGUUAAUAAAAACAUUCACAUGUAUAUUCAAUCUAACGUCUGUCAUGUUAGUCUGAUGACAUUUUAUGUCAACUACACAUAACAUAGCCAAAACUGGAAUAAGUUUCUUUUUCAGGACUGAUGAAUUAUUAAUCCUUUACAAGACACACAUGAAUUCUCAUGUGAGAGUUAUUGCUCACAUAUCUAGUACAGAGUAGCUAUAUCACACUCAUGUACUUUAGAUUUUGUGUAAAAGCACCAUCUGAAUUGUUAACAAUCAUUCACUCACCAACAAGCUGCAACUAUUUCCUACAAUCUUUUCUCUUCUUCUGACUCAGCAAGUUGUGUACAAUUCCUGCUUCGAACGCUUACAUCUUUAUUUCUAUACCAAAAAGGCAAAAAUGGAACUUAUACAUUCCCUCCACCUGCUUGAAAUAGCAGCUGAAUCUCGAAUAGCAUUCUACCAUCUUUGAAAAAGAAAGACAUGUCUCCAGAAUAGGAUAAUGUUCUUGGUACAGUGCCAUAAAAGUAAUUAAAGAAUGGACACACCUUUGACCAUUGGUCAGUUCUAUGAGGACUAACCAGGAGCCAUACAAAAACUUCAUAGAAGAGACAGUUUCUUCUUGUAAUAAUUUGGGUGAUAACAUUUUCUGGCAAAUCAAGUCAAUUGGUUUCUAUUAUUUCUUAUUUGACAACAGGAAAUGAUUCCUUAUUUCAACAGUCAGUACUUUUCUUGGAGUAGAGUCUGUUGUAUUGUAUCUCAUGUAGGAUCUUUGGGGUUUAACAGGCAACAUUUGUUUUCUUAACGAAACACUUUAAAACUUGGGACACUGGUAGAAUGUGUCAUAUAAAACAACUUCUUCUCUUAACCUUCUUAACAAAAUUUUGUACAUCGCAAGUUAUUUCAUGUUAAUGUUGUCAUAUUUCUGUAAUUUCAACCAAUCACUGACGUCUAUUCAGCUGAAUACAGUUAGUGCUGUUUUCUAAACAGUAGCUUUUGACUGGUAAGAAAAAAUGUUAUUCCCCUGACAUAUUUCAUCCGGUUUUUUGGUUUGUUUUCUUUUGAAGCAGACAAAAUUACAGAAAAAUGGUAAUUUAUAUGCAAAUAUUGUUGGUAAUCUUCAAGUUUAGGGGGAUAAAAAAAUAAAUAAAAAUAUUCAAGGGAAAUAACUGAACGACUUACCAGUAUUAUCCGUUUUCUUCUAGCUGUUUAUAAAUAAAUCACACCCUAACCCUAACGUCAAUCAAAUCACGUGUGUGAUUUAUUUAUAAACAGAGAUGUACGGAGAAUACUGGUAAGACGUUCAGUUACUUCCCUUGAAUAUUUUUAUUUAUUUUAUUUAUCCCCCUAAACUUGAAGAUUACCAUAUUGUUUAUAUAAUAAAUUACGCUGUGCGUAUCUGUUAUUAAUGCACCUCCACCAAGUGCUUCAUUUCCUAGAAAUAGCAGCCAAAUCUUCAAAUCAAACUCUAGUUAGGGUUAGGGUUAAGCAAGAACAAAUCAAAUGAAAAAAUAAGCUGAGCAACACACGUGUUUACGAACAGUCUAGUUAAUCGGAAAUGUCAGAACUAACGGGGAUUAAUACCAUAUACACCGUUACAGCAGUUACUGAAUAGACGUCAGUGAUUGGUUGAAAUUAUCAAAAUAAGACAAUUUUUAACGUGAAAUAACUUCAAAUACAAAAAUUUUUUAUCUGUUCUAUACCAUAAAAUAUACAAGUAUACGAAGUUUGAAAGUGUUUCGGUACCAAAAACACUACCAAAAAAAUGUUGCCCGUCAAACCCCACAGAUCCCUCAUGUAAACCAACAAUAAAUGUUUCCAAAUGUA